AUGGAAACUGCUAUUAUUGGUAAUUUGCAGGGUUUAAUGAGAGCUUUAUAUUAUGGGGCAGACAAGGAGGAGGAAGAUUCAGAGGGAAGGAGAGCCUUGCAUUUCGCAUGUGGAUUUGGGGAAGUGAAAUGUGCAAAAGUUCUCCUUGAGGCUGGAGCCAAAGUUGAUGCUUUAGAUAAUAAUAACGACACCCCCUUGCACUAUGCUGCUGCUUAUGGAGAGAAAGAAUGUGUUGCCUUUUUGCUUGAUUAUGGUGCUGACAUUACACUACAAGACAAGGACGGUGACACGCCUAUUGAUGGUGCGAAACUGCAGAAUUGGGAUAAUGUAUUGAUGUUGUUGGAGGAGCGGGGUCUAAUAUUUACAAAAUUGAAUGAAACAUCUGAUAGUAUGAUACGUAAAAAAGCUAUCAUUUCUAAAACUGAAAGGAAAAAAAAGGACACAAUCUACAUUCUAGGGUUCCAACGCCUUUUCAGGAGAUACUUUUUGUUUUAGAUAUAAUCUAUUGGUGGAGAUAUGGCUCGAGAUAGGGAAUUGUCUCGGUCACCGUCGUAUAAAAGGCGGAGGUAUUCAAGGUCACCGUCGCCGGUGGUACACAGGUAUAGCAGCCGCCGAUACAGAAGCCGAAGAGAUAGAAGCAGCCGAUCUCCUUAUUCUCAUAGCAGGUGAUUGAUACCCGAUUAAGAUUACCCUAAUCCCUGUGCGUUUGAUUUUUUAGCAGUCAACUGAAUGUAGAUUUUUACCUCUUAGUACACUUUUGUGAGUUUUAUGAACAGUUCUCUAUGAUUUUAAACAGUUAUAUUUCUGUGUAGUAGUCAACUUUCUUGUCAUAGUUAAGUUCUUAUCUUUUACUUCGAGUGAAGUUUGGGCGUUAUGAUAUGUGACAUAUAGUUAAAGUUAUGUGAUUGGUUUUGGCUUUAUCGAGCUUAAAAGAGCAUUAACUCUCCAAAUUUAAGAACUUUUUUCGGUUUUCUCUGGUACCUGGCUUAUAUCUUUACAAAUCUAGGAUGCUGCAGCCAUACCAUGUUUGUGAGAUUGUUUCUGUACAAACACAGUUCUUAUUAUUCAGUCAUGAGGAAGAAUUUAGAGAGGAACUUUCAGUUUCAUCAUAGGGUGGAGCUAUGAUAUAAUAGAUAUGGACUGCAUAUUUGACAGGAGCUUUCACCAGAAACAUUGGGUUUUUACUUGAAUUCAAUAUGUGCUUUCCCCCUAAUGCUCAAAUGACAUGUAGCAGUAUUCAUAUGAAACCUGUGAUAUUUGGUUUUGAUGACUCUCAAAUCUUUCUCCAAGUUUUUGACUUGAAAACAUAUCUCGUAAGAGAUCCGACUUCAACUAAAUCUUGAAAAGGCAUAUAGAAGAGUCUUGUGAAGAGCAUACUAAAUGUAACAUAACAAAAAAAAAACAUAAUAAAGCAAUUGCUCCCCUCCAAAUGGGGAGUGAGCAGGUGAUGGGUGCUGAUUCGUGCUCUUUUCUUGCUCGAUUGUGACAUUUAGCGGUUUCUUGUGAUAAAAGAUGGAGCUCACAGUUUGUACUUAGCAAUAUAAGAGACGAAGAAGCCGAUCAAUAUCUCCUAGAAGACACAAGAGUCGCUCACCAACACCAAGGCGUCAUAAAAGACAAAAAAGUAGAAGCACCUCAUUGUCUCCUAUACCUAAGUCUCCCAUUAUUGCCCCUAUUGAGCGCAAAGUUGUCACUGAAAAAACCAAAUUAGAAGAAGAUGAACAAAAGAAAAGGAACUCGUUAAAGGUAUAAAGCAUACACAAACAUACGCUUAUAAAUAUUGCUCUUGUCGACAUAAAGGCGUAAAAAAGAAGCGGAAUUGAAGUUAUUGGAGGAAGAAACUGAAAGAAGAGUGGAGGAAGCUAUAAGGAAGAAAGUUGAAGAAAGAUUAAGUUCUGAAUAUAUUAAGAUGGAAAUUAAGAUACGAUUGGAGGAGGGAAGGAAGAAAGUUGGGAGGGAUGUUGUAGAGCAACUUGAGAGAGAGAAAGAAGCUGCAGUUAUUGAGGCUACAAGAAAAGAGGAGCAAGCGCGAAAAGAGAAAGAAGAGUUGGAGAGGUUAGUAGAAGAGAACCGAAAGAGAAUUGAAGAAGGUCAAAGGAGGGAAGCAAUGGAGCAACAAAGAAGGGAAGAAGAACGAUAUAGGGAACUUGAAGAACUCCAAAGACAAAAAGAAGAAGAAUUACUUAGAAAAAAACAACAAGAGGAGGAAGAACGUGCAAAACAACAAAAACUACUUGGUAAAAACAAAUCACGCCCAAAAUUGUCAUUUGCAAUUGGGUCAAAGUAAAAUCAAGAUCAGGGUUUCUCAUUUUCAAGAUUUUCAAGAUUAAAGGAUCAUGUCAUGUGUCACGUCAUUUAUCAAAUGUUUGUACCAAUUGAUUUCGGUUGUUUGUAUCAUGUUUGUUAAUCUUUUUUUUUAAUAGUUUUUGGACCAUGUUGAAAGGACUUAAUUUUAUUUUGGUUUGGAAAAGGUAAAAUGAUAUUUAGACGAAACGUUUUUUUGUUAGGAAUGAAAUCUAUCAAAAGAAUUGAAAAUUCAAAGGGAUUGAUGUAAAUU